AUGGCGGUUGUGGUGGUGCAGGUGGGGCAGUGCGGCAACCAGCUGGGCGAGGAACUCUGGCGGCAGCUUAAACUGACGACAAGUUCGGGGGCGGUGCCGUCUCCCUUUUUCACGCGCGACCGCAAGGCGCGCUGCGUGCUGGUGGACUCCGAGCCCAAAGUAGUCGCUGCGGUGCACACGCGCCACAAGGAGAUUUUUCGCGCGGAAAAUGUCGUCUACGGUGAGUCCGGUCGCGGCAACCACUGGGCGCUUGGCUACUACGGCGUCAACGACCUCCUGGGCCACCGGGCGGCGGAAAAGGCGCGCCCGUUUCAGGUGGAGAAAGACCAGCGGCGCCGUGACGGCUGCGUCGUGCGGGACGCACUCCGCGCGAUUUACGCCGAGACGCGUCGCACAGCCGACGCGAUGGAGUUUGAGGCGAUUCUCGUACUGCACAGUCUUGUGGGUGGGACAGGCAGCGGCAUGGCCACCCGGCUGCUGGAGAAGAUUCGCUACUACUUCAUUGAGCCCCUGGACUCGGCGCAGGCGGUGGACGAGUGCGAGGAGGCCGCCAUGAUGCGGCGCGACGGGUUGGACGGGAUGAUGAUGGAUAAGCGGCGAGCGUCGUACCUCGUCAGCGUCACGGUGGCCCCACAGGCCAUUGGGGAACUCUCCACGCAAGGCCUAAACGCCGCCCUCACGCUGCACGCGCUACAGGAGAAUGCCGACGCCGUGCUACUGCUGUGCAACGACGACUGCCUCCGCGUCGAGGCAGUCUCCUCCGCCGGAGUCCGUCCUCGCAGCCGCGCCUCCUGCGCCGCCUCCGUUUCACUCAUCAAAGCGUGUGCCACCUUCACGGAGAUCAACGAGGUAUUUGUGACGAUGCUGCUCCCGAUACUGCUGUACGGCCGAAGUGCCAACGCUGUGGGGGAUCUCGUGCUAAAGUGUUCCCCCAAUCAUCGGGAACUCAACAACAUUCUGACAAUUCUGCCCACCCCGCAGCGGCAGUACUUGCGUUUUAAGGGGUCUGUGACCCUCUCGCGGUUUUACAUCCUCAGCGGGUCCAAGCAGCACAUGCCUGGCGUGUACCCUAGCGCCCCAAUAGAGCUGUUGCACACCGCGCGUUCCAUGCGGAACCCCGAUUUGGUGACAUCGAGCGAGGAGGUGCGGGUGCCGAGGGAAAUAGUGAAGAGUUUCACAGAGACUGCGGCCUCACGCCGCUCCGCCGCGGCGGCUCUCCUGCAGCAGAUGGAAGGGGUCCUCGUGUUAAACGAGGCACGGGAACUGAAUGCGGCGGUGCUGUUUCCUUUACUGCGGUCCGCAGCAGUGAAAGUCAAGGCGGGGGCCUUUUUGUCAACCUUUGAGGAGAUGGGGAUGGCGGCGGAGUGCAUACGGGCAGCCAUACAAGAGGUUGCCGCGAGACUCUCCGCCGCAGAAGACGUUUGA